GCACCAGUAGUCUGGUAAACACUGUGUGAAAAAUUUAACUUGGAAAACCCCGCCACAUACUUUUAUACUUCAUAUUUUCAUUGCUACCGUAGUGCAAAGAAAAAUUCGCAAACAUUGUCCGCCUUAAACAAGUCGCCCACGGCUACAACCACUACAAAAUGCAUCUCACCACAACGACCAACAGCGUCGCUGCCAACAAUGCGGGCGCGACUCAAAAUACCAACAACAAUACAAAUAAUUCCAGUUCAAAUAAUAAUGGCGGCAGUAAUAAUAGCGCAACGAAUGGCAACAACAAUUCUAAUGAACAAAAUACACCGCCAACAGCAGCUCAAUUGCUGAAUGAAGCCUACACAAAAAUGACCUCCGACAUAUUGGCGGAACGGACAUUAGGCGAUUUUCUGACAGAACAUCCUGGUGAGCUGAUACGUACCAGUAGUCCGCUCUUCGUUUGCACCGUACUGCCGCCACAUUGGCGUUCGAAUAAGACUCUGCCAGUCGCCUUCAAGGUCGUGUCGUUGGGUGAUAUUAUGGAUGGCACUAUGGUGACGGUACGCGCUGGCAAUGACGAGAACUACUGCGCUGAAUUGCGGAAUUGUACGGCUGUUAUGAAGAAUCAAGUGGCGAAAUUCAAUGAUCUAAGGUUCGUGGGACGCAGCGGCAGAGGGAAGAGCUUCACACUCACAAUUACUGUUUCUACGAAUCCGCCACAUAUUGCCACUUACAAUAAAGCGAUCAAAGUGACAGUGGAUGGACCACGUGAGCCACGUUCAAAGACCAUGUUGUCGCUUUUAGGACAACAGCAACAAUUCCAUUUCGCAUUCGGACAACGACCGUUCCAUUUCUCAGCCGAUCCAUUGUCGGGAUUCCGUAUGCCGCCAAUUGGAAAUUGUCAAAGUGCUGGUAAUACACACUGGGGUUACGGCUCAGCAUCUGCUUACUCACCAUACUUGGCUGGUAGUGGUCUUUCCUCCUGCACAACUCCAUCAUCGGCUCAAUUUAAUAAUCCAGCACUUGGCUUUACCUGCUCCUCCAACGAUCAGUCAAACAAUCAGGACUUUACGGGCGGCACAAAUCGCGAUUGUGUACCAAUGCUACCCGACUCUACGGCCACCGAUUUGGAUCAGCAUUUGAGUAACCUGGUUGGCUCUACCACCGGACAAAUGACACAUCACAGCCUGCUGGGCUCCAGCGGUCAAUCGGCAAUUUCCUCCACCGUCAAUGGCGUCGGCGUCGGUUCGAAUUCGAUUUUGGUGCCACGCUAUCAUCAUAGCAAUACCAACAACGAUUACAAUGUACACUCCAGCCAAAAUGGGCCACGAAGUUUGAGCGAUUCCUCGCAAGCCGAAUCGCCGGUACAGGAAGAUCUGCUCACUACGAAUACACCAAAUUUAGGAGGUGGUGGUGGAGCAGGCGCUGGCGGUGGCGGCGGCGGCGCUGGUGCCAAUGGCUCAAACAACGGCAGCGCUAAUGGCAGCAGCGGUGCCGGCGGUGGCAGCGGAUCUAACUCUUCAGCGGCAAACAAUUCGCUUGUCGGCGCCAACCAAAACUUUCCCGGGCUGGUAAAUCAGACACAGAACCCCGCCGUCUAUAGUGGUGGUAGCAGCGCCGGCGUUGGUGUCGGCGUAGGCGUGGGCGGUGGAGGUGCAGGCGCAACCGGUGCUGGCUGUAAUGGUUCGCUCUAUCCCGUGCUGCCGGCAAGUCUACUCUACUCUCAACUCUACACAGCGGCCAAUCAGACACAUGGCUUUCACUCGCAUGCACUAACACCCACACACGCCUCGCCCAACUCGUCGGUACACGGCGCCGAACUGCAAAGCGUUAUGGAUCAUAUCAACAAUGUGGGCGUGGGAGUGGGUGUGGGCGUACGUCAGCAGCACAACAUUAUGGCCGGUGGUGGUGUAACGCAUCCGGGUGAUCUGACGUUGAUCGGCAAUUGUGGUGCGUCGGUGCGAAAUAUCGAGGAUGGCAGCAAUACGCAACGACAGGUCGCCGCAUUGGCUGCACAUCGCGGACACCACACACCCACCGAUAAUGGGGGCAGCGUGUGGCGGCCAUAUUGA